UAGCCUUUUAGGAUAGAUUGUCUCUAUAAUUACUUCCCCUCUUGUUCAAAAAAACAUAAUUAUAGAACUCGACUCUCUAGUCUCUACAGCAUCAACUUUCUCUCUCACCGGAACGCAAUGGCGGGAAAUCAAAUUUCCGGCGACGGCCUGGCGUCAAACCUCGCCGGAAUGUCGAAAAAUCAACUUUACGACAUCAUGUGUCAAAUGAAGUCGCUAAUUGAGCAAAAUCAGCAUCAAGCGAGAAAGAUUUUGAUUCAGAACCCUCUUUUAACAAGAGCCCUAUUUCAGGCACAAAUCAUGCUUGGUAUGGUGCAGGUGCCGCAAGCGGUUCAGAGCAAUCAGCCUCAGGCAGCACCGCAACCAUCACCUCCUGUUCAGCAAACAAAUAUCCAUGCAGCUCACUCAGCACCUAAGCAAGUUAGUUUGCCGGACCAAGCAAAUAUAUCCCAGGCUCAAGUUCCUGUGAGAAAGCAACAACAUAAUCAACCUUCAUUGCCAAUCACGUCAACUCCUAUGCAGGGUAUGCAUUCUCAGUCCAUACCACCACAAGUAGUUGAGCAGCAUAGGGGUCCCUUGAAUACCCACGCAAGCCAAAUGCCACAUCCGCAGUCUUCUCAAGUUCCUAAUAUGCCCCCACUAUCGAUGCAUUCUGGAUCACAGCCGCCUCCUGUUCAUCAACCCCCCAUGCCACCUGUUCCUGGCCAUUUACAGCAACCAAUGCAAACAACUGGUGUUUCUCAUCAUCAGCUACAACCUCCACUACCUCCACAGCCUAGGCCUCCAAUACAGAUGCAGUAUCAAUCACAAAUUGGAACAAAUGUCAACUUUCAGAAUGCUGGCAUCCCUCAAAUGCACCAUUCUCAGCCUAUGUAUCAUACAAGUAGCAGGCCUCCUACUGGAACUGGACCAUUUACUCAAGGGCAACCGCCUCCUCUCCCUCAUCAACCACCUCAUCAGUCACUCUAUCAGUCAGGAGGCUCACAUAUGAACGUUGACUUUAACCACCAGAGCGGUAACAAAAUGCAGAUGGAAAGGCCAUCCUCUUGGCCACCUGUUUCUCGAGAAAACACGUCUGGUGCACAGCUUCCUGCACCAUCUUUGGGCCCAGGACCACAGCCUGUUGGCAAUCAGCCUCAUCGUCCACCUCCAUUAACCCCUGAGGUGGAGCAGCAAUUGCUUCAGCAAGUUAUGAGUCUCACGCCAGAGCAGAUUAAUCUUUUGCCUCCAGAACAAAGGCAUCAAGUCCUUCAGUUGCAGCAGAUGCUUCGGCAAUAACUUGGACUAAUUUACAUGUGGGUUUUCAGGUUCUGCCCAGUUAUACGUGUAAUGGUAAAAUAUAUGGCUAAUGUCACUUAUUUAAUCCAAGUUAAUCUCUGUUGAAGAUUGUUUUACUAGAUUUGCUUAGCUAUAGGACUUUUUAUUGACUUUUUUUUCCAAUUUAAAAUGAAGCCUAAAGUUAGCUUCAAUUUGAACAUUUGGCUACCAGUUUAGCUAGAUUUGCUCUAGCUUUCACGAGUGUUGAUAACCUCGCUCAAGUUUCAACUUAUAGAAUUGAAUCA